CUUCUCCAUUUUCUCUGCCAUAACGAGCAACAGGAAGACGAAUAGAUUUUUUUUUAAAGCCACGACAAGCGACUUUAAUGACUAUGUGUUCAGGCGUUAACUGGAUUGAUUUAUGUUGACAAGGUGAGCUGCGUUGGUCUCUUCUGUAUAGUCUAUAUGCACAGUGCUUGCCAUACGCAUCAGUCAACUGCUGAUCCAAAGAAUAAUGAGCCGAUCAAGACAUGUGGGCAAGAUAAGGAAACGGCUGGAGGAGAUCAAGAAUCAGUCAGUCAGGCCAAUAAAAGCAGAUUUCAGCCACCAUGAAAGUGUAAGACUAGCUACUGAUGCCCUUUUGGAUGGUGGGACUGAAUCCUAUCUCCGAGCCUUAAAUGAAGAAGGAGAGGUGGCUUUUCUGUCAUCCGUGGAAGUUCAGUAUAUCAAGAAAAAUGCCAGAGAGCCUUACUAUGCUAACGAAUCUCACGCAGAGAAGGAGACUGGACCAAGGCAGAAUGAUGCUGGCUCUCUUCAGUCAGGAACAUACUUCCCUAUAUCUGAAGGUAGUGAACCAGCCCUGCUUCACACCUGGAGCACAGCAGAGAAGCCCUAUCUAAAGGAGAAAUCCAGUGCCACUGUGUAUUUCCAAACAGAGAAGAACAGCAACAUCAGAGACAUUAUACGCCGCUGCAUCAGCAAGACCAGUCAGGUUCUGGCCAUUAUGAUGGAUGUUUUCACUGAUACUGAAAUAUUCUGUGAUGUGCUAGAGGCAGCUAACAAACGAGGUGUUUUCGUCUAUCUGUUGCUUGAUCAAAGCAAUAUAAAGCUCUUCAGUGAGAUGUGUGACAAGGUGCAGAUUGGAGAGGAUCACAUCAAGAAUAUUUCAGUCCGAAGUGUUACUGGAGAGGUUUACUGUGCCAAGUCAGGCAGGAAAUUCUCAGGGCAAAUCCAGGAAAAAUUCAUCAUCUCUGAUUGGAGAUACGUUCUCUCUGGAUCAUACAGAGAAAAUCUUGAAAACUUGACUCACGUGAAUCCUACCGGCUCAGAAACCAGAAGCUUCACAUGGUUGUGUGGCCAGGUUCACCGGAACUUCCUUUCCAAGUUCACUGGCCAAGUUGUAGAGCUCUUUGAUGAAGAGUUUCGACAUCUCUAUGCUUUGUCCAAGCCAGUGAUGGGACUGAGAUCUCCCACACACACAGUGCCCUUCUUGCUAAACAAGAGCAUCACCACCCAAGGCAGCCUCACUAGCAGCAGCAACCAGGGAAGUGCCAAUACUCCUUCAGAUCCAUUCAGUAGCUUGUCAGCUAAUAGCACAUAUCAAACCAAACAACCCUCCAGAACUCACAUGUACAGCAGCAACCCAACAUCACAGUCACCACUUCAUAGAGGUAACUCCUUCCAUGGCUACACCUCAUUCAUGUCAACCCAACCAUGGAAGGCCAUCCAAACCAACUAUCAUCAGUGGCAGUUUGGUACUGAUACCCCAGCAGUCCUUUAUAAUAAUGUUAACAUCUACAAACCUAUGCAACUUAGACAAGACGAUGUAAACAGGUCAAGGUUAAACCCAGUGUUGAGAUGCCUUCAUAAAGCUAACCUGAUUACAUAACCACCUUGUUUUGUAUUGCAAAUGUAUUGAAGAUUCAUUUUAGCAGUAGCCUGUUUAAUAAUGAAUACUCAGCAUAGAAAUUAUGUAGAAUACAAAAGGGGGAGACUUGCAAGACUGCAUUCUCUCUUUGUUUCACGUCUUAGGGAUGAUUGUAUGUUUCAGUCACAAAGGACAACCACCACCAAAUGUUUCUCAAAUUAAUAAAACCUAAGUCUGCUAGCACUGAAACCUUGCAUUUAUGAUACCACCAUUUAGGAACAGAAGUAGUAGCAUUGUUUAAAAUGUCGGGUACAUCGAUCUGCCCUUACAUAAUGAAUUUGUGGUCAGGUGGUUAGCAUUGCCAAAUGAAAGUGCAUAAAAUAACAGUUUGAUGAUGAUUUUUAUGUGCUUGUGAAGUCUUCUCUUUAUUCACUAAAGAUACUGGCGGCAGCAGUGCAAGUUCUCUCAUUCGCUGCCAAUGUGCCUCAAUCCUGACUUGGAAGGAUCACUUGAAGAGUUGAGAGAAGCACAGCCUCCAUCUCCAUUCAGUCUUUGACAUCUCUGCUGAGACUGGUAACAAGGGUGCCAGUUGUGGCCGUGCUUUCUGUGAAUAGACCU